AAGUUGUGUUCGCGUCGCGGGAAAGAGCUCCCCCAUUCUCUGGAUAGUUUCCUUGAAAAUAGUCCCACUUACUGGAGUUUAAAUCACUCAUAAGAAAGAGUUCAUGAUUGAGUACAUUGUUAAACUGUAAAGUAAGACAUUCCGAGCAAACAAUAUGGAUGCUGAAUCCAACGUUUUGGGAGCAAGUGGAAUGCUUAGACCUUCUCCAAGGGAUGAUCAAAGCCUAAUUAAUGUUUCCUCACCUGAAAAAAUGACCGAAAAUAUUGAUGUUGAGGCCACUUCAGACAUUGAGCCAGAAGAAGUGGCCCAAAAAUCGAGCAGUAUUGAUGACGUCAAAUCUACCGAGGAUGAUGUAGUCGUAGCAGAUAUGGAGUCGGUCAGUUCGGAGAAGGGAAUCUCAAAUCAGAAAGCACCUGAGAUGCCAAGUUCUGGAUCUACUUCAGAAACGGUUCCAGACAUUCUUUUGGUUCAGACAGAAACCGCGAAAGAAGGCCUUGAUGAUGAUAAACACACUGACGGAUCUUUGGAUCAGAAAAGUUCCGAAACUAAUGACUUAGAUUCUUCCAUACAAGUUGCGUCGAAAACUUCAUCAGAAGAACAUGUCUUGGAUAAGCAGAUGGAUGGUUCAUCGAGUGUGUUGGAAGAAAGCUCAGAAAAUAAGAGUAAAAAGGAGAGAGCAAAUCAGAGUGAGAGCAGUGAUACAACGAAAGAUGCCCAAGGAACAAGUUCUUCAGAGACGCAGAAAAGUAGCAAGAUUGACUCUGGGGCCAGGAGUCUAGAGUCUAGGCUGGGCACCAUAAAGACUACUCCAGUACCAAGUAGCAAAGCCAAGACGUCAAUAGCUUCAACUUCCACCCAGUCUAUACCAAACGUUGUCCCACCACCUGAAGAGAUAUUUUCCAGACGGCUGAAAUCUUUUGAAGAUGCUUUCAAAGCAACGCUGCAGAAACUUGAAGCCCCUAAGAAGACCGUUAGCACUGGGGUUAUUGACCUGACGGAUAGCAAGAAAUCAGUAGUGUCGUCUCACAAGAAUCUUGAUGAUUCAAAACGGAAAAAGCAAAAAGAUAUUAAGCAGGAGCCCUCUAGUAAGCUACUCUUCAAGUUCGAUUCUAAACCCCUUCCAGAGAAGGAGGAAGCAGAUGUCAUCAACAUCGACUUGACAGAUGAUGAAGAAGAUUCUUCGAAGCAACCAGAACUUGAUAAUUUCAGCUCGGAUUCUUCCUCUACAAUUAUCGAUGUUGAGCAAGCCGCUAAAGAAUCCACUGAAGAAGAAGCUCCUGUGAAAUCAGCCGUCCUAACCACGACCUCUAAAUCGAAUGAGACAACCAGCCAACCAGAACUCAAAAUCGAUACUGAUGUUGGUGAAGCAAAGCCUGAAUCCACUGAUCCCGCUUCUGACACCAAAUUAAGCAGCAAGGAUAGGGCGCCAUGGUUUCCCAAAGAGAAUAAGAUGGAGACGUCAAGUGAACCCACAGUCUCCCAAGAUAACAAGCAAGUCAAGAAGGGAAGUCCACAAUCAGAGCAAGGCAGUAUUGAACUGCGACGGCGAUCAAGAAAAUCUAUAUUCUUGGAGAGUCAGAAAGCAGAGAACAUUGAAGGUUUUAAAGUUUUUGAGGGACUUACUUUCAAUCAGUCACCGAAGACCAAAGAUACAAACAGAAGGCGAUACUUUACGGAUCAAUCCGAUGAGCAGACCAGGGUAGAAGGAGGGUCUAGAAUGAGGUCUGUACCCCGAGAGAGAUCCAAGAGCGAUGAAGGGCGGAUAUUAACUGGCAAGAAGUAUCGGAUCUCUAAAAGUGGUGUCCUUCUGCAACCAGGCAAUAAGGUCGAAGCCAUGGACUACUCUAAGAAAUGGUACACAGCCAAGAUUGUCAACCUAGAUGAAGUUGAUAAAACAGUCCUGAUUCACUUUGAAGGAUGGAAUUCCCGGUUUGAUGAAUGGCUGGGGUUUGAAAGUGACCGGUUGCGACCUUUAGCGAGAGUGUCUGCUCGUAAAGAAGUCGCUAAAGAAGUCAAAGCAUUAGGGGGCUACAAGAUUGGAAAUGAAGUUUUGGCUCGUUGGUCUGAUUGCCGCUACUAUCCAGCCAAGAUCCUAGGAAUAAAAACCAACGGCUCAUAUCGUGUUUUAUUUUAUGAUGGGAUUGAGAAGGUUGUCAUGGGGAUUAAUGUACGAGACAUGCCGGACUCCCUCAAAUCACAGGAUUUCUUCAGCAAUUUGGAGCAUCAGUUCAGAGCUCUCUUGAACAAGAAACGGAAAUCACAUAAAGAGGAACCUGAGGGUAAAUCUAGGAGAGACCAAGUUUCAAAAGGUUCAUUAUCUGGUAGCAGACCCUCUAGCCCAGUCCCCCCUGCCCAGAAACGACGUCAUCCGUCAACAACAUCCUCUACAUCAUCAACCUCUCAACCAAUCAAACGAAGCCGUCCUGAAACAUUGAAAGCGCAACCGCCAGCAGCGACUAAGGUACCAAAGGUUACUAAGACGGCUGCUGAUCCCGUCAUUAAUCCCCCUACUCCUCCUCAAGCAUUGGUUGAUCUUCCAUCCCCAACAUCGUCGGAGACCAAUGAGCUCAUAAUGUCGGCAUUAGAUUAUAGAGCAUCGGAAAAGAAACGCUAUCGGGAACCAUUGAUAUUCGACAAAAACUCUGGACUCAUCCGAGACCCCAGACGAUUGAUUGCCCCUAAGGAGUUAGUGAUUGAUUUGGAUCACAAUAAAUACAAGUGUGAAGUACCGGACUGCGGGAAGGGAUUCCGUAAAGCCAGUUUGUUAGAGUACCACAAGAAAUAUUACCACAUCAACAAGCCGGCUACUAGUACAUCGGCUCACACCGCUGCUAAGAAUGCUGUGACCAGAAGCCGUAAGAGGCUAUCAACAUCAACCAUAGCUACAGGAGCUUCUAAGAUCCGACGUCAUGAGAGUCUAGAUUCUGCGCCAGCGAAGGUCUCCAGUCGACAACGAUCGUCAGCUCCUGGUAUCAUGACGAGCGUCUACAAGCGCCCUCUAUCAUCAACGCAAGACACAACAACAAAGCGUCUUGCCCAGUCCAUUAAAUCAUCACGAAUAAAACAAAAACUCUUGGCUGUUGCUAAGAAAGAAGAGCCACCAAUAGUCCCCAUCGAGGAACCUGCGGCUAAUCCAAUAAUGCUCCCACCUUCACCCGCUCCAGCAUUGGUAUCGCCUAAGAGGUCAGAGGUCACGCCAAAGGUUAGCGAGAGGUCGCGGAGGGUUUCAGGGACUGUGAAGGAUGAUAAACCCAUUGUAAGCAAGGACGUUGUAAAAGAUGAUAUUCCACCUCCACCCAGCGCACCAGCUCCAACCGUAGAAAACAAAAUAAAAUUAGAACCAAUUGAACCAAAGCCCUCGGACACCCCAGAGGUCAUCCCUGAAGUCAAACCCGAGGUCAAAGUGGAGCCUGAGGUCAAGGAUGAGGUCAAGGGUCAAAUCCCGGAUGAAGAUAUAAUCCAGGCGUUGAAGGACGCCGUUGCAUCCGGUGGUUCCAAGAAGGAUAAGCGCAACAAGACGCAUAAGAAGCACAAGCGUCACAAGGCGCGGAGUCGUGAUCGUCGUACUCGAGAGCAAAGUCGGAGCAAUCGACGGCGGAUUGCAGAGAGAGCGAAGGAACGGCGACUUCAGAAGCAAAGUAAAGGAUCGCAGGAGUUACCAGAACAGGGUGCGGAUAGCGUCAUGGAGUGGACCUCCAAGUAUAUACCAUCAAAAGGUAGACCAUCAAAAGGUGGUAAAAACCUCCCCCGUUUCCCAGCUCAAAGUGUUGAUGUCCCAGAUGUAAGUCAGCUGGUUGCAUCAGGCGGUGUGGACUCUUCCGCUACAGAGGAUGGGGGACCCAAGGAGAUGAUUAGCUGUAUAUGUCGUAACCCAGAAGAGGAAGGUUUUAUGAUUCAGUGUGAGACGUGUUUUGGCUGGCAGCAUGGCGGCUGUGUUGGAUUAACGGAGCAUACUAUUCCUAAGCAGUAUAUCUGUAACUUCUGCACGCACCCUGAGAACCUUCGUACUCAUGCCAGACAUCGCUACAAUAUAGACUGGUUUCAGACUGGUAAGCUACCCUGUCUAAUCAAACCCAAAGAGCCUGAUGAGGAAGCAGGGAGCCUGACUGAGUCUAUGCAUCAGACUCAUCAGCUCAUGGCAGACAUGUUGAAUGUCACUGAGGCACUGGAUACUCUGCAGCAUAAAAUCAAAAUAUUAAAGAGCACUAAUCACCCAGAUUUGAAGUUAUGGUCGUACCAUUGGGGCCUUAAAGACGAGACUUCCAACUUGGAUGAAUCCAGUCAGAGCCUGACUCUGCACAGCAGUUUGGAUGACACCGACCUUCAGUUAACAUCGGCUGAAAAUAGCGCCCUCACUGAGUCGCUUAGAAGUGAUGUACUGAUGGAUAGUCUGAUGCAAAAUGAUACCAGCUUAGGUGGUCUUAGCGAUGUGAGCAAUAGUGAGAAACCAAAGCAGGCUGAUGAUGCUCGGACACAAGAGGGCGACAAACCAAAAGAUGUACGAAAUAUUUUCAAAAGUCUGCGGUCGAUGUUGAGCUCGGGUCAGUAUGGUCAGAGACCGGGUGGCCCUGUUGCUGGCCCAGAAACUGUAAACGAAGUGUUGGAUGAGAAUAGACCGUCGGGAAGUUCGGGUGUGGUGAAAUCGUUUGGCAACAUCGUUCACAAGGUAAAGCCUUUAAUGCACACAUCCAAAAGUGAACCUACCGUUACAAAACCCACUGGGAUUCCAACAGCCUGUUUCGUUCCCGAUGCUGCCACUGACAUAAAUGUCACCAGUGAAGGAGGGGCACCAGUGAAAUCAGAGCAUGAUGGGAAAGUAAACAAUGCCCCAAAGGAUGCUGAGAAGGGAAGUGGGGAUUUAUCUGAUGACGAGCCCCUUAUUAACUACGUCAGUAAAUUGAUGCCAUCUGGUGUGACUGUGAAAGGAAGCAGUGUGUGGACACCAGUUAAGUCGCCAGUUAAAACUCCUCCACAACAAGCCAUCAAAGUAGACACCAAGCCUUCCUCAAGUAACCAAACCGCGUCCAGCAAACCAGUCACACUGCCCUCUAGUGACCAGACAGUGCCAAGCCAGACGGACACACCGCCCUCUAGUGGCCAAGAUGUGUCAGGCGAACACAACACACCGCUUUCUCUCAAUCAAACUACGGCAGGGAAAUCAGUAACACUUCCCACUGGUGGACAAAUUGGGGACGGCGGAUCUGUCACAGCGCCCUCAAGUGACCAAACUGCGUCAGUCACAGCGUGUAAGGUGCAUUUGUUGCAUCACAUUGUGUGCGUUGAGGAGGAGUUAAAACGCAGGAUGGACUUGGUAGAAGAACAGAUAGAAGCGAUGGAGGUUUCGUUUGCACAGUCAACAGGAACCAAGGACGUCAAGUAUACUCCAACUGACCCAGUGCAGAUGACCAAGACAAUCCGUGUCAUUAUGAAUGAUCUAGACCAAGUCAGUAAGCUUGUUUCCAUUUAGAGUUGACCCUGUUGCUGGGAUUCAGGAAGAAAAUAGGGCCCAAUUUCAUAAAGCUGUGGAGAAUGCCUAGUAACAUGGAGGACAACACUCACAAGCAAAAUUCCCCUACUAAUCCAAGAAAUAUGCUUGAAGUAAACAUGGAAUUCCCUGCCUCUGUAAGAGCUGAUUCUUUGGUUAUGGUAAGCAGAUUCAUGAAAUUUUGCCAUUGGCUCAAAUUCAUAAAAGUCUGUCAGCACCAAAAAUUGCCUAAUUCCAUAUAGCUGAAAAUACUUCUUAGCAAAUUCCUUUGUUAAGCAAACAGAUAGUGGGGCACCAGUUUCAACAAUGCAAACUGUAUGGAAUUCUGGUGGUUAACCAAGCAGAAACUGUAUUGCACCAUGAUUUCUCAAGUUUACCGUAGAUUUGCAUUAUUACGUCACUCUUGUGUUUACCGCUCGUUAGCCAGCAUUUACCCUUGCUUGCGGUAAACAGCUUUAUAAAAAAGAAAUUCUGCUAAGGGACGCUCCAUAAGCACAAAAUGGCUGCUUACAUGUUUUAUGAAAUUGGGGCCAGUUGUUUUCAGAAUGAUCUGGACCAAGUAAGCGUGCUUUUAUUUUAAGCUAGAGAGCUGACAUGAAGGGGCUUCAAGUAGAAGCUGAAAUACUUGUAAAUAUUAUUUUAUACAUUCAAGUUUUGAUUGAUUGCAAACCUUUUUGUUUAUAGAUUUUUGAGGAACAUUUCUCAUCACAUGUUUUUUUUUAAGCAUACAUCAAGGCAAUUAGAAAUAUGAUAUGAUGUUUGAAAACCCUUCACAGGGUGAAAUGUACAUAGGGUGCGUUCGUUUAGCUUCCCUAGGUCGACCCCAGUGUGUGGCGGAU